CGGACUACGUCAUCUCCACAUUUGGAGCAACCCAGUUCCGUCCUAUCGGCGGGGACCGAAGGACUCGGCCCGGUAAGGAAUCCGGAGGAAUGAACAUCUUCCAAGCGUUCGCUUUGAUGGCUCAUCAAAGGGAGGAGUCGGAGCGCUUGGCCAGGGUUUCUGAGACCCGUGGAGGUCACAGGAGAGAUUUUCGGGGGACCCGCCAGGUAAUUUUUCGUGGGACCCGGGGAGGUUGUAAAGGAGGAGGAGGUGGUCGAGAGGAGGGUCAACAUCACUCUCCAUCCUGGCCUCCUUACGAUCCUGUACCAGUGGAGGGCAGUUCAGAGCCGGCUUCUCACCGUCAUGGACGGAGGAGAGGAAAUCCAUCUGCCCAGCGAGAGACCGCUCACGUCCCGUCUGCCCAGCGAGAGACCGCUCACGUCCCGUCUGCCCAGCGAGAGACCGCUCACGUCCCGUCUGCCCAGCGAGAGACCGCUCACGUCCCGUCUGCCCAGCGAGAGACCGCUCACGUCCCGUCUGCCCAGCGAGAGACCGCUCACGUCCCGUCUGCCCAGCGAGAGACCGCUCACGUCCCGUCUGCCCAGCGAGAGACCGCUCACGUCCCGUCUGCCCAGCGAG